AAUUGCAUUCGGGAUACUACGUGAUGGCUUCUCGAGGAUUCGGACGUGGAAGAGGCCGUGGAAGAGGAGCAUAUGGUCGUGGUGGAAGCAAUCAGUACAACCAAGGUCCUCCUGAUAGUGUAGUUGAAAUGGGAGAAGUUAUGCAUUCGAGUGAGGGAGACUUAGUCUGUACAGCAAUCAACGAGAAAGUUCCAUUUUUCAAUGCGCCAAUAUUUUUGGAAAACAAGAGUCAAAUUGGAAAGGUUGAUGAAAUAUUUGGACCGAUCACUGAGUUUUAUUUUUCCGUUAAGUUAUCAGAGGGUAUGCAAGCAACAUCAUUUGGUGAAAAGCAGAAGUUGUUUAUUGAUCCUGCCAAGUUACUACCACUAGCUCGAUUCCUUCCAAGACCAGCAGGACGUGGAUUCAGAGGAUCAAGAGGAAGGGGAGAAGGUAGAGGUGGACGAGGAGGGUUUAGAGGUGGACGAGGAGGGUUUAGAGGUGGACGAGGAGGAUUUAGAGGUGGUCGAGGAGGAUUUAGAGGUGGACGAGGAGGGUUUAGAGGUGGCCGUGGAGGAUUUGGAAGAGGAGGACGAGGACAUAGCUUUGGCUCUACAGGAAGAUGAAGAGACAUAGUAGAUUUAAUUAAAGAAUUAGGAGUGAACUCAAUGCUGUUUUGGUACGUACAUGCAUAAUUAUAGUAAGUCACACAUCCAGCUGUUGUCAUUCCUUCAAGAGAGAGACACCAAUCUUACUAAA